UCCAAGGAUGUCUUUGGAUUGUAGAGAAAAUGCCAUGGCAGAAUUUGAGCAGGUUUGGGAGAGGCAAAAAGGAGAAAUUUGAACUUGAAAAUCUAGCCAAAAUAAUCCCUGCUGGCACAGAUGUGAGAACCAUCAUCGAACAGAAAAGGAUUGCUUCUACUGGGCCAGUGCAGCCCUACCUCAUUGUUCUCAUGCCAGGGGCAACUAUAACAAGAAUGUUUGCCGUUGCUGACAACAAAACCAUCAAGAUUGAAUCCUCGUCAUUUGUAAAGGGACUUGAUGUGCUUUUCAAAAUGUAUCAUGUCUUUGAUGUGAAUUACCCUAAGGGAUGGACUCGCUUCUUUGAAUUUCUUGAGUGGGGAUUCUACAAGCUUAAUCAGAACAAAUUGACAAAUACUAUGAAGGAUUUGCUCAUGAGGGUAGAAUCACAGGGUACUGUUUGAAUUUAUCAAAGAUCCGUGUUUAGAAAAGUACUGUAUAAUUCUUUCUUGUGUAUUAAACAGUAAUAAUCAUUCAUGAAGUAUGA